AUGGAGGUCACCAUCGACAUCACCGCCUACCACAAGGGCUGGUUCGAGUUCCGAUUGGCGGUCCCGGCCGACGGCGGCGCCGACGAGGCCUCGCCCAUCACACAGGACAUGCUCAACGAGCACGUCCUCGAGAUUGACGAGAGCACGGUCGACUUCGAUCUGGUGACCAACUACGCCGGCGUGCACGGCAGCGUCAAGUGCGCCACGACUGGCGGACACAGCGACCCGACCUCCACCACGCGAAACACAAAGUGGCCGCACGGCUCGUGCUGCAACGGGGGCGGCGCCUGCAGCCCGCCCGCCGCCAACAAGGACCGCUACGUGAUUGAGACCUCGUCCAACGUGGGCGAGCCGGGCGCACCGACGGGCCUGUACACCGUCGUGCUCAAGGUCCCGCCCGGCAUCGAGUGCGAGCGGUGCACGCUGCAGUGGUACUACCAGACUGGCAACUCGAACGACGCCUACCCGGAGGCCUUCUGGAACUGCGCAGACGUCGAGAUCAAGCCGGAGAGCUACACCGGCGACUCUUGGUGCGCCGAGACCGUCUACUGCGGGGCCACGCCCGAGUGCAGCGGAGGCCCCGCCGCCGGCUGCGGCCCGACUGAAGAGCUGAGCUGCUCGGUGGAGCGGGAGGCGUGCGGCGCCUUCCAGGCAAAGUGCGACGCCUGGUGCGGCGCCUCGUGUACCGCGACGCCCACGUGCGACGCCGAGGCUCCGGAGUACCCGGGCGGCAUGCUCAAGCACGAGUGCUCGUGCUGGGCAUCAACCACUUGUGCCGCCCUUGGCGAGUCGAGCUGCCCCGGGUGGCCCUUUGAAACGAUGUGCGGCUACUGCGACCACGACGUCAUCGGCGAAAAUUGCUGCCGCGGCCUGAGCAUCCACGCGGCCAUCCAAGAGCAAGGGCUCGAUCCGGACACGGAUCUGCUCCUCGGGUCGACCCGAGCGACGUGGGAGGACCUCUGCGAGGUCGUCGUUGCGUGGAACGGCCGCUUCUCCGCCAUCCCCUUCCUUGCGGAGGCCGACGCCGGCAACAACCUCCUCACGCUCGCCGCCUUCCUCGGCAACGCCGCGCAGGAGUCGGCAGACUUCGUGGCCUGCGAGGAGUACAUCAACCCGUGCCAGGGCGUCUGCUCGGGCGGCAACGCGGAGGACUACCGCGACGCCCUCUGGGGGACGUGCUAUCAAGUGCCGGUGCCGACCGCGGACAGCUUCGACAAGACGGGCUCGCUACCCGCCGACGCGUGCGGCACGUCGGGGCAGGUGACGUGCGUCGACUGGGACGGGCGGCCGCACAGCGGCGACAGCUGCUGGUACGGCAAGGGCGCGCUACAGCUGACCUGGAACUGCAACUACGCCAAGGCGAACACCUUGCUCCGUGAGAUUGGGCUCGAGAUCGACAUCUGCGCCGACCCCGACUCGAUCUGCACCGACGGCCAGACCUUCUGGGCGGGCUCGCUCGCCUACUGGAUGAUGAGCGUCUCGCCCUACUACCUUCAGGACCACCGCAUCGACACGGCGAUGAACUGCAUCAAGAGCGGCUGCAGCGCGCCCUACCCCGGCACUUGGACGGGCUCCGGCGCGGCGGCGAGCUGCAACAUCGAGUCGCCGGCGGGCGCCUGCUGGGAGGACAGCGAGCAGUACUUUUGGGCCGACAUGGUCGGCGCGCUCGAGAAGAUGGCCACGCGCGGCGUGGCGGGGCGCACCUUCAUCUCCGGCGCCGCCGGCUCGAGCGAGUACGCCGUCGGCCUCGCCAACCUCGCCGCCUUCCUGGCGCAGACCAUGCAGGAGACGAUCCAGUACGACGCCUGCGACGAGAACAACUGGAGCGAGCAGAGCGCCCUCGACAUGGUGAGCGCCAAGGGCGGCUCGCCGGGCGAGAUCUACCCCGCCUCGGCGGCGUGCGGCCAGCUCGGCCAGAGCUACCAGAGCUACAGCUGCCCCGCCGGCGGCGUGCUCGACCCCGAGACGGGCGAGACAGUCCCGCCCGAGGAGGUCCAGUGCGCCGUCGACCUCGAGAUGGUGGUGGUGGCGCAGACGUCGGCGCAGUGGUACGGCGCGCCGCCGCCCCUCUUCUGCGCGCCACGGUCGCUCGUGCGAGACGCGCCAAAGUGGGACGUGUCUGGAUGGUGCCCCACCCAAGGGACCAGCUGGAACCAGGCCGAAGAGUGGGCGGCGCCGUUCGGGAGCAUGGCGCGCGGCAGUAUUCACUUUGGCCCGGCGGCGUCCACCGCGAGCGUGCCGCCAGAGGUGCUGGCCAGCGCGCCCGACUACCCGUCGUACGUGGUUGGCUCCGUCGACCAGGGCACGGGCGAGGACUGCCUGCUGUCCGGAACCUGCUGCCUCGACAAGGACAACCAGCGCGCCGGCUCCUGGCAGAGCUGCGCGGGCGGCUGCGAGAACUCCGCCCUGCCCGAGCUGAACGUCGGCAGCGAGGCGCGGACCGACGUGGAGGGGUGCUGCUGGUGGGGCCGCGGCGCCAUCCAGACGACCGGCGUGUGCAACUUUGGCAAGCUCAACUACUUUGCGGGCAAGAAGGCGGCGCAGCGCGGCAAGGACGCCCUCUUCCCCGACGUCGACUUUUGCGCCAACCCGGGCGCGAUCUGCCAGCCCGAGUACCCGGAGCUGCGCUGGUUCUCGGGCCUCUUCUACUGGCUGAACGACGUGCAGCCGUACGACGUGCGCGGCGAAAGGUACCUCGACGUCCUCCAGGCCUGGGUGGACAACGGGAUGGACCCGAGCGACCACAGCCUCGUCGACUUUGCGUCCGGCGUCGUCAACCGCGGCUGCCACGACGCGCCGUUCGAGGGCGUCGGCGGCGCCGAUCCGUGCGGCAACGGCGAGAUCCACGCCUGGGAAGAGCGGCGCCUGAACUUCAAGCACAUCUGGGGCGUGCUGAGCCCGCUGCUGCCGACGCGCCGCCGCUCCCUGCUCCUCUCGUGA